CUUAAUACUCAAGACCUUAAACCUUUUUAUUUCCAAAUUCUGCCUUUUUAGAUGAGUCUCAAAGGCAACAAUAUGAGGAAUGGCUUGGCGAGACUCAGCAGCUCCUGCAGAUGCAGCAGCGGCUCCUUGAAGACCAGAUCGCAGCUCAUCGCAAGGCUAAGAAGGCUUUAUCAGCCAAGCAGCGAACAGCCAAGAAGACAGGCCGGGUGUUUGCUGAAGAGGAUGCUGCUCAGCUACGCUACAUCAGCGAACAGCAGGGAUCAGUCCAGAAACAGCUGGAACAGAUCCGGAAGCAGCAGAAGGAUCACACUGAGUUGAUCGAUGACUACAGGACUAAAAAUCAGCAAAGGAUCCUGGAGAUGCCUCCCAAAAACACACUAGGUCAACCUGUGGGCCCCCCAAAAUUCCAGCCGGGCCCGCCCCACCCUGGCCACCUUCCAAACAUCCCAUCUGGCUGUAGUCCAAGUUCUGUUCCUCCAGGGCCCAUGGGUCAGAGGAUGCCUCCACAGAUUCCAUCCACCCUGCUCACCACCCCCUUGGGUCCCCCACUCAACCAGACCCCUCCAUCCAACAGGCCUGUCCUCAUAGCACCAGUGGCGGGCUUUGCUGCAGGGCCCCAGGGCCCUCUGGGGGGGCCAGGAGCAGCUUCGGGGGACAAAGCCACACCCAAACCUCAGGUAACCAACUGUUUAAAGCUGAGUAAAGGCAGAGAGACGUCAUGGAUCUGAACCAUGAAAAGGGAC